GUCUUCCAGAGAAGGUCUCGAGCAGAAUUCAGUCAGAGCAAGUGCCGUUUAGUAUAACUAGUGCAAACAUGUUGAAGAUCAAAGUGCUUUCCAUGCUGCUUAUGGCAGGAGCCGUAAUGGCCGAACCCGUUGGAUAUGCCUACUCUGUCCCAUCGUUCACCUCGGGCGGUGGCAUCGGUGGUGGAAUUGGCGGUGGAUCUGGUUUCGGGGGAGGUGCUGAUUUCGGAGGCAGCUCUGGCGGCGGUGGUGGUAGCGGUGGAGUAACUACUAUCAUCCUUGCAACCGGUGGUGGUUCCGGCGGUGGAGUUGGCGGAGGCUCUGGAUUCAGCGGAGGACUCGGUGGUGGAUUCGGUGGUGGCUCGAGCGGAGGAUACGUUGCAUCCACUAGCGCUGGUUCCAGCGGUGGAUUCGGUGGAAGCUUCGGUGGUGGAUCCGGAUUCGGCGGUGGAGUCAGUGGUGGAUCCGGUUUCGGAGGCGGUGCCAACGGUGGUGCUCAGGUUAUCGAUGUUGGACGAGUGAUCGUUCUUUCUGCUGGCGGAUCCGGAGCUGGAGUCGGUGGAGGCAUUGGCGGUGGAAUCGGUGGCGGUGCUGGUUUUGGCGGCGGUUCGUCCGGAGGUUUCUCGAGCUACGCCGCGGCUGCACCAAAGUACACCGCACCUUCCUCAGUGUACGGCCCACCCCAACAUUAAUGAAAAAUUAACGGUUUGGAAUUGGAAUGCUUAACUGAACUCGAGCGUGAUCAUUGAACAAAAUACGUUUGUUACCUGAUGAAAUAAAACCUC